AUGGGAAUGCCAGGGAUGCUGGGCGGCCCGGCGUCCUCCACCUCCCCGAGCCCGGGUGCUCCAGGUGCUCCCGGAGCCAACGGCACUGCUCCGCAGGGCAUGGGAUCGAUGCCGGGCAUGCAGCCUGGAAUGCCGGGAAUGAUGCCAGGCGGCAUGAACCCCAUGAUGAACCCCAUGAUGUUCAUGAUGAUGCAGCAGCAGAUGCAGCAGCAAAUGCAGCAGCACAUGCAGCAGAACAUGCAGCAGAACAUGCGUCACGGACAGCUCACACAGACCAUGAUGAAGAAUGCGACCAGCGGUCCUGCGGAGUCAAAAUCUGGGGCUACUCUUGCCGAUGACGAUGACACCAUAGACCCCGAGAUACAGGAGCUUUGCGACUAUUUCAACAUCGAGGACAGAUGGAUCAAGCGACUGAACGAAACCAUGAAGAAGAGACAAGACACAAAAGCAGAAGACAUCGAAAAGUUGUAUGAGACUCUGGAAAGAGCAAGAAGCCCGACCGGUUUGCUGACGGUCAAGAUCGGUGAGAUGGAAAGCGGUCGAUUCAUCGGCAAAGUGAAGCCGGCCAAAGAAGUGGAACGACUGGCUCGAAAGUUCAAGCUGGAUGACCCCGUUGCCUCCAGGCUUACAGAGCUUAUUCACCGGCGAAAGAAGGAGAACGAGAUUGACCGCAUGCACAAAGAUCUAAACACGGUCGAGCAGCAUCUGAAGUACUGCAAGCGUGCCAAUGCCAUGGCCACCCUGCUCGUUGGAAAGCUGUUGGAAGGCGAAGUUGAAGAGCUGCCCGACCUGUCGGAUGCCGAGAAGGUUAUGGACAAGUAUCGUUUAGACGAUGAUGCAAAGUCGAAGCUGCGUGAAAUCAUCGAGAAGAGGGCGGAAGACAAAGACGAAAUCUUGGUGAAGAUCAAGAAGCACCUGGACAACUGCGCGAACCCGUCAUCAAUGCUCUGCAAGAUCGCGCGGCCGUUGAUUGACAACGAGCCCCUGGCUGAUCCACCUGACAGACCGCAAAAGGGCGGUGAAAAGGGAGAAGGCAAAGGCGGCGGCAAAGGAAAGGACAAGGACCAGGACCGUCGGGAUCGGCACCGGAGUCGCAGCCGCGACCGGCAUCGGAGUCGCAGUCGACGUCGGCGCAGUCGGAGCCGGGGCAAACGGAGCCGUAGCCGCGGCCGAGAAAAGAGCCAGGAACGCAAGAAGUCAGAAGAGUGA